AUGGCUGCCAAACCCGUUGCCGCGGGGAAAAAGAGAAAAGCUACACCCAGUGGUAAGGGCAGGUCUGAUUCCAAAAAGGCUCGUUUCGAAGAAUCCAAGGCGGCCAAGACAGCGUCGGCAAAGAGCGGCGACUUGUCGGAUUCCGACUCUGAGGAUGGCGGCGUCAAGCUGAAUACUGGAGAUGAGAAGAAGUCGUCCAAAAAGACAGAUUCCGGUGCCAAUGGCGACACAUUUGAUCGCACGGUGACAGCCGGCCUCACGUCACGCGAAUCUCACGCAAAACAAAAGCAAUUGGCGCAGGAACGAAAAGCUGCAAAGCCCCUCGCCGACGAGGUGCAGCGCACCAAGAAGAUCUGGGAGCGGCUGAGGAGAAAAUCCCACGUGCCCAAAGAGGAGCGGCAAAAGUUGGUGGAGGAGCUGUUUGGCAUCAUUACCGGCCGAUGCCGAGAUUUUGUUCUCAAACACGACGCCGUUCGGGCCGUACAGACGGCCUUAAAGUACGCCACACCGGAUCAAAGGAGGCAGAUUGCACGAGAGCUUGAGGGGAGCUACGUGCAGCUUGCCGAGAGCAAGUAUGCCAAGUUCUUGAUUGCCAAGUUGCUCGUUCACAGCGACGAUGAAAUCCGAGACUUGGUUAUACCCAACUUCUACGGCAAGGUCCGCAAGCUCAUCAACCACCCCGAGGCCUCGUGGAUUCUGGACGACAUUUACCGGACUGUCGCUACAAAGGAGCACAGAGCCACCUUGCUACGGGAAUGGUACGGCCCCGAAUUCAGCAUCAAGGAGUUGACCAAGGAUACCAAGCUUACCGCGGACUUAAAGGAGAUUCUUGCGGCGGAACCCAGCAAGCGGGGACCCAUCAGAAAGACCUUGUUGGAAAUGGUGAACUCCCUUGUCCAGAAGCGCAUGACUGGUUUCACCAUGCUGCACGACGCCAUGCUACAGUACUUUCUCACCACACAGCCGGGCACCGAGGAGUUUAGUGAGUUUGUCGAAAUGGUGAAAGGAGAUGAGAGUGGCGAUUUGCUCAAGAACAUGGCCUUUACCAAGUCGGGUGCGCGAUUGUCAUGCUUGUUGUUGGCGUACGCGUCUGCGAAGGACCGGAAACAAUACCUCAAGGCGUACAAGGACACAGCUGACACGCUUGUUGCCAUGUCUGGCGACCCCUAUGGCCACACAGUCAUCUUGACAGCGUACGAUGUCAUUGACGACACCAAGCUCACGGCCAAGUCGAUAUUCCCCGAGCUGGUUGGCGAAAAGGACGACAAGCAGGCGCAGAAUAUUGUCGCAGCGGCCAAUAACCCCAACGCCCGGACUACAUUUCUCUACCUUUUUGAGGGUUUGUCCAGGUCUCUGUUCCCCGCCAGCCACUCAUUUGAUCACGAGGUGUUGAAGCAAGUCCACGAGAUUCGGAAGACUACUAGCAAAAAGGAUGAGGAUAUUCGACGACAGGAACUCAUUGCCGCCCUUUCACCGCAACUGCUGUCCGUCAUUGAGCAAGCAGCUGCUGAUCUGGCGUCUACCGCCUUUGGCUGCCAAUUCGUCACCGACGCCCUUCUCUCCGGCACUGGCGACAAGACCAAGGCCCUCGAAGCCAUUGCGCAAUCGGCUAUUGGCGACCCCAAGGAGCAGCCCGCCGAGGACGACCUAAACGCUAUUCCUCAUAUUUCAGCUACACCCUUUGGCGGCCGCAUGUUGAAGUCUCUGAUUCAAGGCGGCAGAUUUGACAAAGCAACCGGAAAGAUUAUACCUGUGGAUCCUCCGCUCAGCUUUUCGGAUACCUUGUACCCCGUUAUCAAAGACUACGUUGUUGACUGGGCCACGGGUCCAAGCUCCUUUGUAGUUGUUGGUCUUCUGGAAUCCAACGACUUUAGCAGCACUGACGAGUUGAGGAGGACACUCAAGAAGAACAAGGAGGUGUUGGAAAAAGCCGCCACGGAAAUGACACCCGAUCAAAAGGCGGCCAGGGAUGCUCAAGAGGAGAAAGCGGACAAGGGAGGAAAGAAGAGUAAGAAGAGGCCUGAUGCGCCGGUUGGCAAUGUAGGCAGCAAGAUCUUGCUAGACAAGCUGUGA